UUUUUAAUUCUCUCUCUUCAAAAUCCAACUCGCAGAAUCGCAGGAGAGCUGCUCUUCAUCUCCCUCCUCUGGCUUCUGCUUCCAGUUUCCAAACUCGUUCGACGGAGGAGUUAGGAUUCCCUCUUCCUCUUCCUCCUCCUAAACCCGUCUGCAAAACCACCACAUUCUAGUUUUAUUACCACCUCUACUCGGCGGCGCCUCUGCCAUUGUGGAUAAAAAACCUCCACUUUUCAAUCUGGGGGACUUCGAACCACCUCUCGUUCUCAGCGGCUACCAUUCCCGGUGUUGAAGACAGUGUUUGAUUUGUCAAUGGGGAUCAUGUGAAGCAUGUCCAGCAGAUUGUCUACUAGACUGUUGAAUAUAUGCGUGUCUUCUUUCUGUAAAUUACAAAGAAUGGACAAAGCAGAAGCAGUUUUAAUUGAUGGUAUAAGGUUAGGGGUUCUCCCAGAUGUGGUCACUUAUAAUGCCCUCGUUGGCGCCUACUGCCGGUUUGUUGGCAUUGAUGAAGCUUAUGCUGUUAUCCAUCGGAUGCAAGUUGCAGGUAUUAAGCCUGAUGUGUUUACUUACAAUUCAUUGCUAGCGGGUGCCAGCAGGAAAUGCCAACUAUCACUUUCCCUUGAUAUAUUUGAAGAAAUGCUGAAUUUGGGUAUUUCACCAGAUUUGUGGAGUUAUAAUACAUUGAUGCAUUGCUUCUUCAGAUUAGGAAAACCAGAUGAAGCCUAUAGGGUUUACAGAAAUAUUAUUAUUAAUAAUCUCUGUCCUGAUAGAACUAGUUUCAAUACAUUGCUUAAUGGUCUAUGUAGGAAUGGGUAUACUGAUACCGCCCUGAUGUUGUAUAGGAACCUGAAACGUCAGGGUUGCCAACUUGACCUGACAACGUAUAAUAUUCUUAUUAACGGGCUAUGCAAAGUAGGUAGAUUGAAGGCAGCUAGGUGGAUGCUCAAAGAGCUUGGCGAUUCAGGUUACAUACCCAAUGCUAUUACUUACACUACAGUUUUAAAAUGUUGCUUUAGGUGUAAAAAUUUUGAAGAAGGCUUAGAGGUUUUCUGGGAAAUGAAGAGUAAAGGUUAUACUUUUGAUGCCUUUGCAUAUUGCACAGUUGCAGGAGCUUUUGUUAAGAAAGGCAAGCUAAAAGAGGCAAAUGAUUGCAUAGAAACAAUGUUAAAAAGUGGGAUUUCACCCGACAUUGUGACUUAUAAUACUUUAUUGAAUGUGUAUUGUAAAGCGAGGAAGUUUGAAGCUGCGUAUAACCUGUUGGAUAAUAUAGAGAAAGAAGGCUUAGAAUGUGACAACUACACUCAUACCAUUUUGAUUGAUGGACUGUGCAAGGCAGGGAAUGUUGAGGAGGCUCGGAGACAUAUAAAAUUAAUAAGCUCAAUAGAUUCUAAUAUAAACGUGGCAGCCUUAAAUAGCUUGCUUGAUGGGAUGUAUAAAGCAGGCCAUGCCUAUCAUGCGAUGAAUAUAUUUAAACUAAUGAAGAUGAAGGAUGAAUUUACUUAUUCCUCCAUGGUGCACAAUCUUUGUAAGGAAAGGAAGUUUAGGAGUGCAUCUAGAAUUUUAUUGUCUUGUCUAAAGAAUGGAAUGAACAUACUUGAAUCUGCUGAGAGAGCAGUUAUUAGAGGUUUUCGUGCUUCGGGAUUAAGGAGAGGUGCAACAAAACUCCAAUCAAAGAUCAGAAUGGCAAAAUUCUUACGUAAGAGUUGUACAGAACAUUCUUUUGGCAGAAAACGUUGUUAAACUGUUAAUGUCCACUCUUGCCUUUACUUUUGUGUAGUAUAUGAGCUAUUGAUCGCGAAAUGCAAGAGAAUCCUUUUGGGUUAGGCAUAUCACUACUCCUUUCUUUUGAUUGCCCUAUUGUCAUGGCCAUGGGACCAUUUGGUAUGUAUUUAUCCUUAGGUAUUGAAAGUCAGAAAGAACGAAGGCAUCUGAUGAGCAUUGUUGCUGCUGUGACUCUGUCUUAGAAGGAACUAUGAUCUCCCAGGUCACAUCAACGACUAUGGAUCAGCUGAUGAGCUAUUUGAAGUAUAAUUUUAUACCCUUAUCUUGCCUUUCUUUCAGUCAUAUUUUGCUUGUGCACUCCUUAAGUGCUUGACUAAGUGCUUUUGCAAGCUUCAAACAUCUUGUCGUGGCAGACAAGUACAUUAUGAAGGAAGGCUAAGCACAUAAAGGUCAAAACAACCAAACCCAGGGUGCCUCCUGAUCUUGAAGUCUAGUUUUGAAAAAAGGUAACAGGAGAUCUUCGAAAUUGCUCAAGGUCCUGGUAUGGCCGAAAGCCUAAAAAACCUUGAAAAGGGGAAAGUAGCAUAUGACCUUCUGGGAGUAACUGAGUGAAUGAAAGCAUUCAGCGAGAAGCUGUGGGGUAAAAGAUGUUGGUGUAAUCCAGAUCCCAGCUUUCUUAUGCAUCCAGACAGACCUCCAUGUUGACCGUGCUAAAACAGGGAGAAUUGAAGGUCAGUUUUGAGCUUCAACUGUCAUGGUGAACUCUGCUGAAAAAGGUGUGGUGCUUGCAGUCAAAUGUGAUGGUUUGUUAUAGAGGAACUAAUGAUUUUAUCGCGGAUCCCAAGAACUUGGAAUGGACUAUCUCUCUAAUUGUCCCGAUGCAGGCUUGCAGCUGAUGACACAUCCACUGUAACAGCCUAAUGAGAGGAAGUUGGAUGGUUUUGAGAGCUGAUUCUGUGUAAUGCAAAUACAGCAGUUAUAGUGCGAGUGGAUGAAUCUUUAUGGAGGUCCGCGAUGAUUGUCAAGUGUACUGUGUGGUGGACCCACAAAAUGCAUCUCGUCAUUUGGAGGAGUUGCUAGAACUGCUGGUUGCUAUUGUGCUAAAGCAAGAGGAAGCAACAAUUUGCGAUUGAUUUGACACCAUUCCGUGAUUUGGAAAACCUUUUGAGUAUUGGUUUUUAACCUCAGAUAGUAAUUCAUAUGUGUAAUUGAGUUUAUCUAGUGCUGCCAUUUGAUGAAGUCAGUAGUAGUGUAAUUAGAUUCGUUUGUUGAGAGCCUUACUCUCUUCAAAGUGAUCGGAACCGAUAUAUUGCUACCUGCUAAUAACCUUGUUUCGAUGUAUAAAUGAAGUUCUCAACUGUUUCUCACUCAGUCUCUAUCCCCUCUACCAUCCUUGUGAAAAUUGCCAGUUUUCAGUCGCAUAGAAUUUGUUCUGCCAAGGAACUGGACUGCUAGUUUGUUCUAUUGGUGAGCGAGACCGGUUUCUUUUAGAAUACACUUCCAUCAUUUUAAAAGUAUGUUUUUGUAUGAUUGUACAAGUCUUAUGCUGUCUUGGUAGCGUGGAUCAUUUGCUACAGGUGAAAUAUAGUACGUGGUAAUGUAGUUCUUAUGCUGUCUUGGUAGCGUGGAUCAUUUGCUACAGGUGAAAUAUAGUACGUGGUAAUGUAUUUCACUGCUCCGCUGAGGUAACUGCUGGUCCACAUGGGCUGCAAGCUGCAAGCAUACAAGGAAGCUUGUAGGGGCUGGUAUGCGCGUGGGACCUGGAAGGGCAACCGGACAAGGUGAUAGUACUUUGAAAGUUAAACAAUGGAAGCUGCUACAUUUUGAAACAAGGUUGAGGACAUUGUGGAUACAGGGAACACCUUAUUGAAGCUCAUAAACAUUUGAAAUCAAAGGGAGCAUCUUCUGUAUCAUUGUGUACCUUCCUUAAUAAGCCAUCUAUUGAGGAUUUGAGGUAAAUUCCCAUUGAUCUCUGCCUCUGCCUGAUAUAGGUGUUUCUGAAAGAUUGCUGGUGAUGAACCGAAUGAAACUCAAGGAGAUUUCAAAAUUUGAUUAGUAUGGCAUAACCUACAUCAAGAAGGUCAAUGCUUCAGUGAUUUCUUUAUUUUUUUCUUUUAAUCAUCUUAAUGAGUUUUGAGACUUGAGAGUACAAUAAUUAGAUUAAAUCAAAAGUUAAAAGCUUGUAGAUGUUAAAUAUUACCACCAAAUUUGUUCUAUCCUUGUGCCUUGUUGUAAAAGCUCUGAAUUUGACGCAGUUGGCAAACCUGUUUUAGUUGCAGCCUUGCAACGGUGCAACCUACAGUGUGGCAGUGCCUUAUAAUGUAUUGUUAAUUUUGUAAUUUAUAACACACAAAUAGAAAUGCUAAUUAAUCAGUUUUCUUUAUCUAUCUGAUUCUUAAACCUAAGGCACUUCAAUUUUUAUGUGAAAAUUCUAGCCUCUUGAUCAGAGGAAGUUAGUCGUCAUUAUGUGAUUGGGACUAAACUCAGUUUUAAUAGUUUGACUUGUUCAAAUAAGCUCUUGUUUUGACUAAGAAAGUUCAGUGAGUGAACCAUGUCCAUUUCAUUCAUUUUAACAUUAUAAGAUCUGUUCUGGAGAUUUGCGUCAUCACAUCAUUUGGUGUUUGCCUCGGUUCAUGGGGAAUUUCUGUAUUGGGUUACUUCUAAAUUUUGAAAUGCCUCUGUUUUGUGGACCUUGUGGUUGUUAAUCUGAACUGAAUUGAAAUCGAUCACCAAUAUUAAGAUUGUUUGAUUGUCUGGCGUUGCUGCUUGCUGGUAAUGUAGUUGUUGUAAGAGAUUGCUCAAAAGAGAAACGGUUACAACAGCUCAUCUCUUUGAGAAGAACCUUCUUAACUUAUAACCAUGCGGGUUGUCAAAAUACUACUGGUGAAUUAGCUCUUAAAUGGAUGGAAGUUCUGCUCUUAGUGAUGCUAGAGUCUGUUAAUUGUUUGUAGUUGCGUUCCUUUAAUUCAAUGAACUAUUGUGAUUCAUAAAAAAUUAUACAAGUAUGUCUAAAUUAUACAAGUAUGAUACAUCAGAUGACGGUAAUUAAAAUUUUGUCGGCUUAUAUUCUAGAGGCUAUAAUGUCUAACGAUCUUAGACUCUGUUUGUUUCAACGGAAAACCUUUUCAACAGAAAAUGAUUUUCCAUGGAAAACAAUUUUCAAGGGAAAACAUCAAAGGGAAAUAGUUUUCCUUUGUCUGUUUCCUUACAAGAAAAGUUAUGAAGAAAAAGAAUAAAGAAGUGGAAAUGAGAGGAGAGAAAAGGAAAUGUAAGGGAUUUGGGUGGAAAAUUUGGCAUUCCUUAUUUGUUAGUUCAUUUAUUGCUUUUGGAUGAGCAAAUGAACAAAAAAAAAAAACAGUCUUAAGCCAUACCUAGCUCUUAGUACACAUAGGGUGCAUGGUUAUUAAAAUCGCGAUUCAAAUCGUAGAAUCUUACGAUUCUACGAUUUAAAUAUUGUCAACGAUUCGAUUUACGAUUCUACAUGAUUCUACACUUUUUUCUUGAAUAGCGAAAAUCUCGUACAUUUAAAUCACGCUGAGAAAGAUAUUAAUCGAUAAAUGUUGUUAAUUAUUGCUUAUUUAGGUAUUAAAGAACUAUAUAUUUCAAUUAUUAAGUUUUUUUUUACCUAUAAUAUAAGCAUUUUAAAUGAAUUUUAAGAAUAAAAUCUUGAUUAUCUUGUCCGUAGAAUCUUACGAUUCUAGGAUUCGAUUUUACGAUUCGAUUCUAAGUGUCUCUUUCGAUUCAAAGUAGAAUCACGAUUUUAAUAACCUUGAUAGGGUGUAUCAUGUACAGUAGAUUUUGCAUAUAUAUCUUCUUGAUUGCUGACAAACUUUUAUAACUUUUUUUCCCGUAAGGCAAGAACACUACAAUUCUGCUGCUAAAUUGGGACGGAAGUUUGAAACAACUGCGCGUUUUGAUCAUAUUUAUGGUUGGCCACGCGUUUUGAUCUACGUUGGUUUAGGCGGAAUCAUGUUGAUUUUUGGAUAAUUUCUGUUCCGGGUGUGGAAUGAGAACAACUGACUAUGGGAUACUUGAUUCCUGUUGAGAGUACCGGUUGAUAUCUGCACAACAGAAUGGAUUAACUAGCCUCGGGGGUGGUUCGAGGAUCCCCCCUCCGAUGCUUAAGUAAGAUUACUGAGGGAUUAAGAGGUGAUUAAGAGAUAAUCAGAGAGUAAGAAAGAAGUGUGUUUAAGUGUUUGUGUACCUCAUAGCAAUAAAUGAGGUGCUCCUUAUAUAGACUAAUCCAAGGGUACGAUCAGGUGGGUCCCUUGUAGUUGGAUAGCGACCUGUUGAUAGUGACCCUUGGUUGGUUGUCCUCUGUGAUAACGCCGGUAAGGAUCCUCAAAUAUUGCCGGUAGGUGUUGUUUAUCUAAGAUGACCAGAUUACUUGCAGGUUGAAGUUUACCUACGGGGAGUUCUGCCGGUACCCAGUGGUGCCGGUAGGACACCCCGUACAACUAGCCCCCUCAGAGUAAGCGCAUACAUGACAAUUGCUGCGCUUGCUCUGAAUAAUGGGAAAAAAUGAGUAUUAUUUUGAUACCUGGUGGUACAACUAGCCCCCUCAGAGCGAAGCGCGGGCGUUGACUGUGUUGCGAGUGUUUCUGAGGAAAGACCUCGAACAGUUUGCCGACUGCCUUCGCUCUGAAAGAAGGUUUUGACGGCUAGGUCAUUUGAAAAAUAUUUGGACGACUAGCCCCCUUGAAAAACAUUUGGACGACUAGCCCCUUUGAAACAUAUUUGGACGACUAGCCCCCUUGAAAAAUAUUUGGACGACUAGCCCCCUUGAAAAAUAUUUGGACGACUAGCCCACUUGAAAAAUAUUUGGACGACUAGCCCCUUUGAAAAAUAUGUGGACGACUAGCCCCCUUGAAAAAUAUUUGGACGACUAGCCCCCUUGAAAAAUAUUUGGACGACUAGCCCCUUGAAAAAUAUUUGGACGACUAGCCCCCUUGAAAAGAUUUGGACGACUAGCCCCCUUGAAAAAUAUUUGGACGACUAGCCCCCUUGAAAAAGAUUUGGACAACUGGCCACCUUGAGGAUACUUUGGAUGACUAGCCACUUUUUGAAUUUUUUACCUUACAAGUGGCGGGAGAUUGCUACCCACGUUCUUCCACGUGGCCUUCAUCCAGUGCCUUAUUUCGUGCGCUUAUUUUGGGCCAUUGAUUUCGAGUGUAACUGACCUUUUAACUGCUUGACUUAAGGGUCAUGACCUUUCGUAUACCCCCCUUUGACCUAUAAAAACCCAUAACCUCUUCGAGAUUUUGCCAUUUCACCCACUUUUUCUCCUGAAAUUCCGACUUUUCUCUCUCUCUUCCCUUAGGGUUUUUCGCUGAACUUCGCUGCUGUUUGAUUUUCAAGCCUUUGCUGUUGUGGUGGUUUGAAUUUGACAAGGUUACUAGCCUCCCUUUUUAUUGUUACUGAAUUUCGGGUUCUUCUUCCUCUCUUUUGUUUUUGUGUUUGAUUUUUCUUCAUUUCUGUGUUUUUUGUAGGUUCUUCCUGUUUUUCUCUUUCGCGUGCUUCAUUUGUAUUUCAAACUCCAGAAAAAUAGUAGGUACCCCCUCUUCUAUUCUGCUCCUCUUUGUUUUCUUAGUUGUUUUUGCUUUUCUGCUAUGUUAAACUUAUUAUCCGCCGCCUUCAAAAAUGACCAAAAAUUUGGGUGGGGACAAUCCUUCUUCUCAACCUUCCGGGUUUACCGGUUGGAGUGUUCCCCAAGAGAGUAACUGUAGUUGGGCCCAGGAGAGGCCGCCUUCUCGAUCUAAUUUGGACUGCCAUUCGUGAGAUAUACGACGAAGUCAGGCUGAGAGAGAGCGUUGUUAUGCCCUACAUCAUCUACGGGCUCGAAUGAUAAGGGAAAUGAGGUCUCAUGAGCGUCCUAUUUCGGCUACUGAGCCUGUUUUAGAUGUUUCCCCUAUUUCGGUGCGAUAUUAUAUUCGCUCUUACCGGGAAUUUUUGGAUUCCGCCGGCAGUGGCCACGGGCAGUAUGGAACUAAUACUGGCAACUUCGGUGUUUAUUUUGGUCAGGCUGAUAGGAUGGCUUCAGAACAACCGGCUAGCACUAGCGGCCGCUGCCCUGGUAAAGAGCCUGUGACUGAUGACAUAGAUAUGGCUACCGGCGAAUACUCCGAUGGUGAUUCCAUCUUCGAGGAUUCCGCCGGUAAGGAUGUUGAUGAACAUAGGGGUGGUGAUGGUGAUGAAGCUGGCGUUUCUGGUAGGAAUGACACAGACGUCGGUAACGAUGGUAUUGGUUCAGAUGAUGAUGAUCCCGCCGACGUGAUAGUGGCCGAAGUUCUUGCGGAUGAGGCUAAGGAGCAGCCUUAUUUUACCGAUGACUCCACGGAUGUUCAUAGGAGAGAAGAGCUUCCUCCUUUAGAUAGUCUUCCUCGUACGACCGAGAUUUUGACGACGUGGCGUGAUUUGAUCAUAAAGAAAAAUCAUGUGGUUCAUGGGGGGACUUUUCUUGGAUUGCCGGCUGAAUAUAAGUUGGUAGUGCCGCCUGAAGGUGCUACUAUUUUUGAUUGUCCUCCCGGCCAUAUUGCUGUGUACGCGAAGCAUUUCGAUUUUGGGCUUCUCUUUCCUCUGCACCCUUUUGUUGAGAAGAUAUUUCGGGCUUGGAAUGUCUGUUUGGCUCAAGUUACUCCUACUACCAUCAGAACUGUUAUUUCGUAUGUCUGGCUGUGUCUGUUUAAACAAUGGCCGCUGACACUGUAUUUAUUCAAGCGGCUGCUAUGGUUGAAGAAGGAUGGUGAGACAGGGUGGAUGUCGGCGUAUAGGCAACGAAAAGGAAGACUGUGCAUCCUCCUUUGUCGAGCUGCAAAGAUUGGCAGGAUCGUUUUUAUUUCGUUCAAGUUCCUGACGACUUUUCUCUUCGACGGACUUUUACUAAACCCAGGGCUCGAAUGGAGCAGUACAACCAGCGAGGUUUGGGCCGGCUGGAGAGAAAAGCUUUUGAUUAUCUGGCGUGCGACAUUUUAGAUGUCGGCCUCAGCAAAAAGCAGGCUGUAAAUCGAAAUUGGCUUCCUAAUGCCUAUUAUAUUUUGGGUAGCCAACCCUUGUCUGCUGUCGGCCUUUGCAACACCCACUGCUUUGGUAAACAUAUUUUUAGCUGAAUGGGAUGUAUUUAUUUUUGCUAUUUUUAGUUUUAUGUAUUGCACAAGUUAGUUGCCGACUUUAAUUGUGUCGUUGUCUUUGCAGGUACUAAAACCUUGGAUAGAGAUAUUUUUGGUUUUGACGAGAAUUGGAGACCUGUGUGUACGCAGCCUCCGCCGCCUAAAGGAAAGUACGACACAAUAUCAACGUACUCCACACGAGCCUCCUCCCGUCGCUCAGCUGUUACCGUUGCUAAGAACCGUGUUGGUACCGGUUCUAAAACUAAAUCCUCAUCUGCUUCUAUUUCGAAAACUGCGCAACCGUCCAAUAUGCAAUCCAAUCCAACUGGCCGUGGUGGAAAGAGCCGAAAGAGAUCAUCGCUUACUAGUGGGCGUUCUGAUCCUAAUUUGAAAUCUAAGGCUGCUGGCGGCGAUGAUGUUUCGGCUGCUGUUGACAUGCACUAAUUCCCUGCUGACGACACUCUCAAGAAGACAGCGGAUUCUACUGUUGUGGUUCAUCCAUCUCCGCAGCCGUCCAUUGAGAUUUUGGACAUAGAGGGUGGUGGAGGCGAAAAUGAGCCUCCACUUCAGCAUUGUGCUACGUCGGCUGCUGUGACAGGGGGUAAUUCCAGUAUGCCCCCUGUGAGUCGUAGUGAGAAUAGAUCGGGUGAUUCUCGGUUGAAUUACCAUCUGCCGCUGCGUACCGGCGGUUGGAUUGAGGACACCCCUUUCAAAAUCCCGCCGGCGAUGAAGUCAUGGUUCGGGUCGCCUGGUGGUGAGCCUACCGACCAAUUCUACCCCAACAUUGAUCUUCUAUGUGGGGAGUCGGUGGCAACUGAUUCUGCUAAAGACGGUGGGGAUUUGGGCUACCGCGCUUUUCGGGAUCUGAUUACUCCCGCUGACAGGCCACAGGGUCAGAUUGACGCCCCUGCUGCUCAGCAUUUCAACAAUUUGUACAAGGCUGUUCAAUCCAGCAUGGAUUUGUACUAUGUCUAUCAUUGGAACCAGAUGCAGCUGACGCAGAAUAGCAUUGAUAUGGCCGAGUUGAAGAAGCGGGCUGAGGCGGCUGAAGCUGCUUUGAAGGAUAGCGCGAAGAAGUUGGAGACUGCUUCUUCAGAUUUGGAGGCGGUGAAUAAGAGGCUGGAAGAUGUCGAGCCGAAGCUGAAGGCUGAGACUGAGAGAGCAGACGACCUGACUCAGCAGCUAAUCGAUCUUAAUCGUGGUUUGCCUGGAGUGAAGAAGACUGCCGCCAAGAGGGCUGUUGAUAAGCUUCUCCAGUCUGACUGGUUUAAUGAUCUUCUAACUCUGCGCCAUAAUGGUGGUUGGUGCGCUGCUCAUCGGGUUGUUUGCAACCUGAAGAAGCUGGAUGAAGAUGCCUGGCAGGAGUUCGAAGAUGCUUAUGAGGAGAAGGAAUUAUAUAAGACCGCAACCGGCUUUGAGCCGCAGGAGCUACCGGAGGCUGUGAUUCGCAAUGCUAAUCAGAGAACCUUGCCCCCAUUGCAAGUUCCAGAAGAAGCCUACUGGUCUGGUGAUGAACAUGCCGUUUGACGGUCUUGGCAGUUAUCGCCUUCCUCUUCUUGCGGAUCUUCUACUUUUCCCAGUCGGCCUCAUACAUGUUAAGAUUUUUUAGUUUGGGCGGUUGGCUUUUGACUUUUUGACAAAUGCUGUUAGGGCACUUAAUGUUGAUGUAAUAUAUUUUAGAACAUCGAAUUAUUGUAGAGGUGUCGGUUUUUAAUCGACAUCCUUUGUGCCUUGUGAUCAGCUAAUCACUUCGUAAGAUUUUUUGGUGAUGGCUGUCGGUUUUUCGUGUUUUCUUUUGUAAUCGUGCUUAUGACUAGUAAUACGAUUGCUUAUUUUGCCGUUUAUCUUUGC